UAAAAUACACAUGACUUGUCUUUAUUAUAUAGUGUUGUAAAAGCGUAUGUUGAAUGCUACAUACUGAUGGGUGUGGUGGCCUACCCUUCCUGCUUGCCCACAGCUGCUGGGAUCCGGUGUUUCCAGUGUGACUCUACCAGUGAGCGUACCUGUGCCGAGGCUCUACCCCAACACCACGUCCUCUUUGCUGACUCCUGCGACAACAUCCAGGAAGCUCAGUUCUGCGUCAAGAUGACCGGCCUCUUCGAAGGUGCGUCAGGUCUGAAUUGUUACCAGUGUGACAGCAGCAGAGACCCACACUGCCCAGAGUACUUGCGUGCCAACUACCACUCCCGGCCAGCAUCCCUCACACCCACCAGCUGUCACGGCGUGUUUGAGGCUCGAUACUGCGUCAAGACCACUGGCAUGUUUGAAGGUGGGCUGUCUUGCUUUGCUUUAUCCUGCACACUUCAUCUCCCUUUCCUUCCUGCCGCCUUCUCAUUAUGUCACCUUCAGUGAGCGUUCCCCUUUUUCCUCUUCCGGCUCACUAGAAAAGCAGCAGCGAGAGUUGGGCAUUACAGAGGUGAGUGAAGCAUCAUGUCAUUAUGUUCAGUGCCAGAUGAUCCUUGCCUCGCCCUCCCUGACUUUAUACCACCACUACUGGUCUUGCUCAUACUCCCGUCCCCUCACCACUACCACUGGCCUCGACUUGUUCAUAUACCGUGGAGACAUAUGCUUUCCAAAGCAGGACUUGUAGUAGGCAAACCAUCUCGCGGUUUUCAACCGAAAAUCUAAAUUCUCUUCUCCGGCCUAGGGAUCUGGUAAAACAAUGUUUAAUUCAUGUUCAGCGAUAAAGCCAUGUGGUUCAUUCAGCGCAGGGCGUAGUGAAGGCUUAAUCCUCCGUCUGCUAACCGCCAGACAGAUGCGCUGGUGCUUAGCCGACUAAAUAUAUCUUGUACAAAUAUAUUUAGUCUACACGAGAAACAGUUACGUGAUAGAGCAUAACUAAAAUAAUUCAUGUUUAGUUAUACUGCUUGGUCGACUAGUUUGUGCGUCCCUUACUGAUCGUGUCAGCGGUAGUGCAGAAGUAGAAUUACAGAGGCCACAGUGGGUCUUUAUAAUAAAUAUCUUUAUUUCUGCAAGUAAAUGUACAAGGUAUACAGUCCUAGCUGACAUCAGUGACAUACUACUAUAUAGAAUGCCGCUUGUUAUGCUGAACAUUUUGGCCAAAUUAGGUCAGUUUUGUUCCCAGGAUGCGACCCACACCAGUCGACUAACACCCAGGUACCUAUUUUACUAAUAGUUGAACAUGGACAGUAGGUGCCUUAAGGAAACACGUCCUAAUGUUUCCACCCUACUUGUAUGUGUGAGCCGAGAUCGCUAGCAAUCGAGCCAAGGGACACAUCUAUCAUACUAUCCCCAGUGAAUAGCAGGGGCGCCACGAGUACGCUAAGAGACAACACAGUGUCAGGGACCCAAGAUUGUUCAACUGCCUCCCAGCAUACAUAAGGGGGAUUACCAAUAGACCCCUGGCUGUCUUCAAGAAGACACUGAACAGGCACCUAAAGUCAGUACUUGACCAGCCGGGUUGUGGUCCGUACGUCGGUUUACGUGCGGCCAGCAGUAACAGCCUGGUUGAUCCACUGCAAGACCUGGUUAUGGACCAGGCCGCGGGGGCGUUGACCCCCGAAACUCCCUCCAGGAGGCUGAUA